CUUGUCACACGGCCAUAUCCCAGUUUAAAUUAGCCUGCCCUUGUGAGCUUGCUGGGACAGGGACACUGCUUCCUAGAAGGGGAACAAGCGAACUCUGAGAGAGUGGCCUGGAUAUCAUUACGCUGCUGACUCUGUCUUAUCCUUCUCAGGCAGCAGCCCCCUCUGUGCCCAUCACCUCGUGCCUCCUGGACACAGCCUGCUGGCCGAUCUACUCUGAGUCACAGCCACGGUGUGUAUGCAGCAUCUGGUCACACAUCAGGAGGUCGGGCUCCUCUCGGUUGAAGCUUAUGGAUCUGACAUCUUGGGUGAUUUUACCUCUUCUCCUGGGCAGUGCUGGAGUCUACGGUCUGUACAAACUGCUGCAGAAGCUGCGCAGCGGAGCCUACAUCCAGGAUGCUGUGGUGGUGAUUACUGGGGCUACUUCUGGACUGGGAAAAGAAUGUGCCAAGCUGUUCUACGAGGCAGGUGCCCGGCUGGUGUUGUGUGGGCGCAAUGAGGAGAGGCUGGAAGAUCUGGUGAGAGAGCUGAGCAGGAUGAAGAUUAGAUCCACACCGAUACACAAACCUCACAAGGUGAUAUUUGACCUGUCAGACGUGAACACCGUGGCCAGUGCUGCAGAGCAGAUUCUACAUCUUGUGGGGAGAGUGGACAUUCUCAUCAAUAAUGCUGGGAUAAGUUACCGUGGUACCAUACUGGAUACAAACGUCAGCGUGGACAGGAUGGUCAUGGAUACAAACUAUUUUGGUCCGGUGGCUUUGACUAAAGCUCUUCUCCCAUCUAUGAUCAAGAACAGACGUGGGCAUAUUGUGGCCAUCAGCAGCGUGCAGGGGAAGAUUAGUAUACCUUUCCGAUCAGCCUAUGCUGCUUCUAAACAUGCUACGCAAGCUUUCUUUGAUUGCCUCAGAGCAGAGAUGGAACCACAUGACAUUGACGUCACAGUAGUGAGUCCAGGCUAUAUCCAGACAAACCUUUCUGUGAACGCUGUAACUGGUGAUGGGUCCAAAUAUGGAGUGAUGGAUAAGAACACAGCUGAAGGCCGAUCUGCGCAGGAGGUAGCACGUAUUGUUCUAAGCGCAGUGGGUGAGAGGAGGAAGGAAGUACUUGUAGCUGGGCUUGUGCCCACACUGGCUGUGUACCUGAGGGCUCUUGCUCCUAAAGUCUUCUUCUCCGUCAUGGCAGCGCGAGCCAGGAAAGAGAGGAAACUUAAAGAAGCAUAGGCUGCCUUGGGAAGGACGUUGUGGAAUUAUUCAAAGAAUGGGGAACAUUGGUCUUCCUUACUGAGUAGCACAACCCUAUGUAGACAAUUUACUUGCUUCCUACUGUGAUCAAGGAAUAUUCACUUGUUCCCAUUACCAGUUCUUAAAUUCCUCUUGGAGCUCAAUGUCCAAAUCAUGUUUAAAGGAACAGGUGGGUCAAUACUGUCAUGUGCUUGACGUAUGUAUCUGAGAGCCUGAGUGUAAGGAUGUAAUAUAAUCAUGGUGACACGUUCUACACAAAAUCACAGGCUCACACAGAAACCAUUAGGGCCACUUGUGUUGUUAAAGAUCUCCCAAUUCCAGUUGUACGCCUCAGUACACUGGCAGAACCAGCUUGCUAGUUGCAACACAUCCUGUCUGCACCUUGGCUACAGUAGAUGCUCCAUAUUUUAUUUGGCACUUAAAGCUUAUUUUGUAACACCAUGAAUUACAGUUUACCAACUGAGAACUCACAACAUUGACAAACACAGAAUUGCUGCUUUCAAUGUAUUAAAGGCCCACACUGCUGGCCCGUCCAUUUGUGUUGAUUUUCCCUCAGGAAAGUGGGAAUGUAAGUAUGUCGCUCUCUCAUUGUACACACAUUUAGAUCUUGUUUUUUUAAAUAAAUGAUGAAUACCUCCCAUGCGUUUCAUAUUAUAUAACAAAUAUUUCAGCACAUUUUAUCACAGAUCUUAUGGAGUCAUUUGUGGGUUUCCAUGAUACACAUGGUCCUGUCUUGCCCAUCAGCAAAUCCCCUCUCCUGGCCAGUUCCUCUAAUGCCUCAGUAAUGUAGUUUUGUUCCUAUGUUCUAUUCAUUUGAUGCCGUGUAAUAUGGUACUGACAUAUUUACUUAAUAAAUAAAUCAAUCAUUUUUUAGA